AUGGAAUAGACAGGAAUUAUAUCUCCUUCACCUAUACCACACUCCAAUAAUGUGUCUACAACUAUGGAGACUACGGGCAAUAACACUCUUUUUAAAAACUUCAAUCAAGAUAUCAGCUAAGAACAAGACUCAAUGAAAAAGAAUACUAUCAAUUUGCACCCAAAGAACUUGAACUUUUUGAAAUCAGCUCUCAAAACAGAAAGCAAACAACAUAAAGUUGAAUUCAAAGUUGAUCACUUAGACAAACUAAUUGAAAAUGCUUCUAAGAUUAGCAUCAUUCCAGGACUAGGAGGAACAAAUGCUACUGAUCAAGAUUAAUCUUAGUCUAAAGUAAAUAGCAUGAUGAAUCCAAAUGAAACUCUACAGCUUGAUGACACUCUCAAGGAUGCUUCAGGACCAUUUCAUUAAAAUAAAACGUUCUCCAUUAUGAAUAACUUGUAUAAAUCUUAAUCAGAAUAUCAGCUACCUCGUUAAAAUGAGCCAAUAUACCGUCCAGUUAAAAUCAACAUAAGAAAACUAGGUGAUACUAACUGGGACGCCCUGGAUGAGUAAAAAAAGCAGUAGCACGAGACAAAAGUUAAUUAAAUAUUUGACCAUCUUUACAAAACCUAAAACAAGUCUUGGAUGUAUAAGAAUCUCAAGCCAUUUAUGUAAACAGCCGUACUUAAUUAAAUGGAUCAGCAAAUUGAGGAUCAUAGAAUAAGGGCUUCUCAGACUUAACUUGAAAAGAAGAAGAACUUUAAUCAAUUUGAGAACAAAGCUAAUCUAAGUAAGAUACGAUUGGAGAAGUACAAUCAACAACUGAUUAAGUAAUAAAAAGAUAGAGAAAAAAAUCUAAAUAAAAAGAUGUCUAAGGCGUAAAUGACUCUCGAAGAGUAUCAAAAAGCUAAACAAGAAAGAAGUGUUAUGGCUCAUUAAGAAAGAACAUUUGUCAACAGAAAUCCAGAAUAGUUGCAUGUUGUACCGGGAUUAGUGGAUAUAGAGACUUAAAAAGCUACAAUUGAAACGCCUAAUCAAGUUCUUGUUACUUAUUUCUCCGAGCAUGAACUUCAAAUGAUUUAAGAUGAUCCUCAUUACUUCAUAACUGACAUGAGAUACAGAGAUCUAAUCACAAUAUUUGAUCAAGAUGCAUUGGAGGCUAUACUGGAUAACACUACUGAUUAAAAGAUUAAAACUUUUAAAGAGAGAUUUUACAAGGAGCAAAUCGAUCAUAAGAAUUAGGAGACAUUUAAAAAGAAAGUACAAAUUGAAAAGAAAUUUAAUCUAAAGUCAAAAAAGCUUUUAUCGAAUAACACUAACACUAGAUCAAGUAUCGAUCUAACAGAAGAGAUUAAAGAGGAAAUCAAGAACUACAAGAAUACUAUUAAUACAUAAAGCAACUAUUUAGCAACUCAGGAUUCUAGUUAGCACAGUCCAUUGCUAGCAACUACUCAUGGGUUUAGAGAAUAAAUUACACCGAUCAGAAAAUCUAAAAUGAGACAUCCAGAGGAUCAUAAUAGAAGUCUUUAAAAGAUAAGAGAAAAGGAAGCGUAAGAUCGUCUACAGACCUAGGAGAAGUUGCUUGAAAAGUAAAAAGAUGCAGAGCUCAAGCGAUAAAGAGAAUAACUUAAAAACAUGAAUAGAGUUUUGGAAUUGAGGGACAAAAUUACUAUGAAGCAGCAGAGAAUCAAUGCUAACAAGGACAAAUUAAGGUAGGAUCAUGAGCUAAUGAAAAAUUACUACUCUAAAAUUGAGGAGAAUUGUAUGACUGCUCAGGUCAAGGAAAUCUAGGAAGGCAUGCUGAAUCUCAAAUUAUAGCCUAUUAAGCAUCAUCUUUAAACCUGGUAGGCUAAACUAGAUAUGAGAUCCACUUAAAAAAAUUUCAGAGUCUCCCAAAGUCCUUAUAGAAUAGGACAAUCUUUCAGUCAAGAUAAACUCAAGAGACAGUCGAUUGAAUGA